ACAUUGACAAAAGUGUCCUAUCAAAAACGUAAUUUGUGCAUGAACAUGACAUUGAUUGCAUAUUAUUUUGUAAUUGAAAUCUUAUUCGUAUAAAGUCCGUUUGUUGUACUUUUAUCUAUUAUGAAUUAGAGUUUCUAUUUAAAAUUAUUUAUUCAAUAAUCCACAUUGCUGAAAGCUAAUGUGCAUAGAAGUUUAUCUAUAGAAAAAGGCGGUUUAUUUAACUAAACUUUUUUAGGUUUUGAAAAUAUAAAUAUUUUGUUAAAGUAAUUUAAUAAUUACUAUUGUUAAAAUGGCGUUUAAUCCGGUGACACACGUUCUUUUCGAUAUGGACGGUUUGAUAUUGAAUACAGAAGAGUUGUACACAGAAGCAUUCCAAAACAUAGUUUCCCGUUAUGGGAAAAAUUACACUUUUGAGUUGAAACUUAAAUUAAUGGGAUUACAGUCUCUUGAAACAGCUAAGAAGGUAGUAUCUGAACUUGAGUUACCAAUGAGCAUUGAAGAAUUUAUGGAAGAAAGUAACAAACAAUUUAAAUUGUUAUUUCCUGAUGCUCAAUUGAUGCCAGGUGCUAAGCGGCUGAUAGAACAUUUUCACCAAAACAAUAUUCCUAUGGGACUCGCAACAAGUUCAAGCAAAGAAAGUUAUGAUUUGAAAGUCACCAAGCAUCACUUAGAGUUGUUUGAUCUAUUUCCUUAUAAGACAUUUGGGUCUUCUGAUCCUGAAGUAAAGAAUGGGAAGCCACAUCCAGAUAUAUUUUUGGUAUCCGCUAAGAAAUUCCCUGGUAACCCAAAGCCGGAACAGUGUCUUGUAUUUGAGGAUGCUGUAAAUGGAGUAAAGGCAGCCAAAGCUGCUGGCAUGCAGGUUGUAAUGGUACCGGAUCCCAGAGUACCCAAGGAGUUAACAAAUGAUGCAACUCUAGUGAUCAACAGCUUACUAGACUUUAAACCUGAACUGUUUGGUUUACCACCAUUCAAAUUUUAGGAAUACCAUAGUCAAAUAUUUCCUUUUUUAUUAUUACAUUUUUUUUGAGUUGUUUGUCUACCUCUUAUAUGACAUUUUUUUUAGAAGUUUAGUGCAUUUUAUAUUGUGAUUAAUUUUAUUUUUGUUGUUGUAUAUUAAUAUUUAUUUACCUAUACUAAACAUACAUACAUACACAUUGUGAUUUAACCAUGUAAUGUAAAUGAUGUGUAUUAUAUAAUAGUAAUAGCAUAAUUAAUUCUAUUUCCACUGAGUACCUAAAUGGCUUGCACAUUUUUAUCAUAAAUGAAACUUAAUUGAACAUCAUAGUUAAAUGAAAUAUUCAAUUAAAUUUACAAAUUCAUCAUGCAAUAUUUACGUGCUUGUGGAAAUAAAUUAUAAAAAGUACAAAUUCAAGUCAAUAUUUUUACCAAUUCUACAAGGUUAAGGAUACAGAGUAUCUAAAAAUAUAUGAGAUGCACUGUUUGCCUAUUGCAUCUUUAAAAUAAAUAAUAAGUGGCAUAAUAUCGUAAAGUGUACAAAACCAUUGCUGUGAUUUAAUUACCUACGUAUUAGUUAUGUAAAGGCUUGGACAGACAUUUAAGAUAAGAUAUAAAUUAACAUAACAACAUCUCAGUCAUAUGGCAUAACUGUAGAAGCCAUACAUGAAGUACAGAUUGUGAAAUACAACAGGGUCUUACAUUACAUAUUCACUGCAGCAAUUUUAUUAAAAAAUAAAUAAAAAUGUUUAAACCUG